CACCAAAAUUCCUCAUCCUCAUUGCCCCUCGUACCCCUCCAAAAUACCACUUACAACAUUGCACGGCUUGAAAUUGAUGUUUCUUUUGCUGGUCUUUCAGAGUUUGUAGCCGCGACUUAGCCACCGUCUACUCGUAUUCUUCUUUCUCGUCGUCAAUCGUGCAGACUCUCAGCGCUAUGCCCGGACCCGAACCGGCGGCCUCAUCAUCCCAGGAGGCCACUGCACAAGGGGAACUGUCAUUUCCCCCAGUCUCGAGGCAGCAUAUCCUACAUUGCUCCUACGACUAUUGGUUCCCAAAAUACCGGACCUCCUGUAUCCGCUCGCGCAUCAUCCCCUUAACUCCCGAGUUCAUUUCCUGGUUGCACGAGGACGGCAUCCUGCUUGCCAAUGAGGGCAACACCAAUAGUGACAAUGGCACGGCGCAUGACGACGACGACAACGACGACGAUGACUGGGAACCUUCAUUCAGCACCUCUGACCAUCCACCGCCGCCACGUGACGACAACGAUGUCAGCGAUUCCGACUCGGACGACGGAGAUCCCGCACCAGUUCGCCAGCCGCCGGAUGUCCGCUUUCCCGCCCUCCACGCCGAGAUAACUUCCGCCAUCGCUUCCCUCGGCGGUGCCGUGGCCCCGAAGCUUAACUGGUCCUCCCCAAAGGACGCUACCUGGAUCUCACGCCACCCCAACACGAUGAAAUGCACCUCCGCCAAUGACAUUUACAUCCUUCUCAAGUCUUCCUCCUUCAUCUCCCACGACCUUGACCACGCCUUCGACGACACCGUUCCCGCCCCGACCAGUAACCACAACAACAACACCAACGACAACGACGACAAGAACAACAAUAACAACAAUAACAACAGCAGCAGCAGCAGCCCCAGCCCGGACUUCAAACACGUCCUAGUCCUCCGCGCCUUCUUCAACCCCCUUCCGUCGCUCGAAUUCCGCUGCUUCGUCAAGGACCGCACCCUGAUCGCCAUCACGCAGCGCGAUCUCAACUACUACGACUUCCUGGCCUCGCUGCGCCCGCAGAUCGUCCAGCGCACCAAGGAGCUCUUUCAGAAGCUGCGCUUCACCUUUCCCGACGGCAACUUCGUCUUCGACGUCUACAUCCCCGAGGCGGACUAUCGCGAGCGAGAGGAGGAGGCCGAGGCGGCCGGCGGGCGGGAGAAGAAGGUCCUCGGGCGCGCGAGGCUCAUCGACAUCAACCCGUGGGCGCCGCGGACUGACACCAUACUCUUCGACUGGAGCGAGCUGUUGGAGAAGAAGGUGGCCAGGCCGCUCUUUGGGUUCGCGUCGGAUCUGCAGGGAGAAGGGGUGGCCGAGGAAAGGGAGUGCUCGACGACGGACGAUGAUGACGAUGACGAAGAGGAGGAGGAAGAAGAAGAAGAAGAUGAUGAUGAUGAACCGGAAGUGAGGUUGGUGGAGCACGACGACCCUGCGGCAUACAACUUCAGUUCCUCCCAGUAUUCGGCACACAAGCUGCCCAAAGACGUGGUGGAUGCGAGCUUGGCCGGGGAGGGCGGGAUCCGGGAGUUUGCGCAGCGGUGGCAGAGAAUUACCGAGCGGAGGGAGAGGUAAGCAGGCCAAGCAGCGAUAUGCUGCUGGGCAAAACACCAAAAAAAAAAAAAAAAAAAAAAAAAAAAAAAAAACUUGGACGGCGGAGCGUAAAGGGGAAAAACAAAAUCCAUCCGAGGGUGGUAACACCUUGCUCUUGUCCUUCGCCUGCCGGGACAGGUGCUGUUCAUAUACAACAGUACGUAGAGGAAGACGCGAGAUAUAUUUACAGG